AGCUGAACUUUCCCUGCCAUGGAGAAAAGGUCGUUGGCGCUUUCCGAGGUUUCUCAAGAGCCGCCGCCCGAGGAGUGUAACGAAUCUGAGGGCGGCACCUCGACGGGGAGCGGCGGCUCGUGCUCUGCCUCUCUGUCGGGCAGCUCCGAUGACCUUGAACCUGAAUGGUUGGAUAGUGUACAGAAAAAUGGAGAGUUAUUCUAUCUAGAAUUGAGUGAAGAUGAAGAAAAAACCAUUCUUCAGGACAGAUCCUUGAAUGUGCCUGUGGUGAACCAUGUCAGGUUUUGUGAAAAUGAACCUGAGGUUAUUCAUGAAAGAUCUCAAAAAGGUCAAAAAAGUGAGCGCAGACUGGAAAGGUUCACUAAAAUAUUAAAAAAUAAAAGUCUUUUAUCAAAGUAUCGUGGUAAGAAGAAAGCAAGUAGUAAAUGGGAUGUCCAUGCCUCUGGUCCAGCAUCCAUACUGAAACAACCUUCAAUUCAGAAGAUGGAAAAUGUAAUCCAGCAUUGGUACAAAGAUGUACGCAUUUAUGUAAAUCCAAAGAAGCUAUCAAAUGUUGAGACAGGGGAGCAACUUAAGCUUUUAGAGUCAUUAAUAGGGAUUGUUCAUCAAUCUCCAUGGAGAAAAGCCGAAAAACAUAGACACAGUAUUGAGUCUCUAAGCACUGAUGAAGAAAAACUUGUAGUACAUGGGUUGAUUCCAGGCAGCUCAGCAAUAAAAUCCGGUCAGAUAUUGAUUGGAGAUGUCCUGGUUGCAGUAAAUGAUGUUGAUGUGAGUUCUGAAAAUAUAGAAAGGGUUUUAUCUUGCAUUCCAGGUCCAAUGCAGGUGAAGCUCACGUUUGAAACAACAGUGUUUGAACAAACAGAAACAUCACAACCAAGGUGUAAGCAGACAGAAUCUUCUAUGAAUAACCUGCUAAAACUGCUAUGGAAAGACUAUGACAAUGAUCCACAAUUCUCUCUCCAGAGUAUACCACAUAUUGUUAUGUACCUGUCACUCAAAUUGGAUUCUGAUAGUUCUAAGGAUGAGCAAGAAAUUCUUUACCAAUACCCCAUAUCAGAAGCUUCCCAAAAAAUGAAGAGUGUAAGAGGAAUAUUUCUUACACUGUGUGACAUACUGGAAAACAUGACAGGAGCACAUAUCAUCAGUUCAUCAAUGUUUUCAUGUGGAAAACUGAUCCAUGUGGCUUACCGGAAGGAAUCUGACAAACUCCUUGUAAUUGGCCUCCCAGCUGAAAGUGUACCUCUCUCUCAGCUAAGAAACAUGAUUGCAGAUGUUGUUCAGACCUUGACAUUCAUGUUUGGCUCUCUGGACAGUGCUUUUUGUCAGACUGGAAACAUUUCUCGGUUGGAUCACUUUUUCAGCCUGUUCUUCCAGCAAGCCCUUCAGCUACCCAGGUUCAACUCAAGUGCCUGCCCUAGUUCUCACCACUAUGAUAACUGCUGUGCAUUGUUUUUAUACAACUUUCCAGGGGUUCGGUGGUUGUCACUGCCACGAGAAAUUAAGGUAGAAAUUGAUUCAGUUCUUAGUGACUUGGAGGCAGCAGAUUUUGGAGAACUAGCUGAAGAUUACUAUGACAUGAGACGGCAGUAUACAAUUUUGGGCUCAUGUCUCUUCUAUAAGGGAUAUUUAAUUAGUAGUCAUUUGCCAAAGGAGGAUCUCAUUGACAUUGCACUAUAUAGCAGGCAUUAUUGCCUUUUGCCCUUGGCAGCAGAACAGCGAAUUGGUCAGUUAGUAAUAUGGCGAGAAGUCUUUCCACAUCAUCAUCUUCAGGCAUGUAAAACAUCUUACGAAGGAUACAGUGAACCCAAAGCAAGAUACUUUUUGCUCAUAGUUGGUUUGAAACAUUUUAUGUUGAGUGUUUUGCUGGAAGCAGGAGGUUGUUCUUCCAAAGCCAUUGGAAAUCCAGGACCAGACUACAUAUAUGUGGAUCAGGUCAAAGCAACUAUCCUUCAGUUAGAUGGAAUUGAUAUCCAUAUAGAUGAGAAAUUAGAAUCUCCUUCUACUCCGUUAGUGACAUGUGUAGACUGGUUCCUCCCUUCAUCACGUGACAAAUUUGAGAGCUUGGCUAAUUUGCCUCUGUUCAACAAACUACGUCAUGCACCAAACACCAUAACUUCUCUAGCAAGCAAAAAAAAAUCUUUCAAUGACUCUGCCUUAAAAACACGCAGAUGUAGUCCUUCAAGGAAUAGUGGGGGUUCUGAGGCUGGUUGUGAUGGUCUUGAAGGAGGAAGUGGAAACUUUAAUCUAAAUUCUACACAAUCCAAAGUUCCUGGUGGAUUUGAUGGAAGCAAUAGUCCCUUUAAGAUCACUAAAAAGAAUAUUCUUCCAAAUCCAUUUAAUUUAGGAACCUUGAAAAAGAAUCUUUCAGAUAAGGAAAGUGAACUGUAUAACAUUAUGAAGCUGACAUCUGGUCCUGAGAACACCCUCUUCCACUAUAUUUCUCUAGAAACAAUGCAUGGAAUUUUUAUCACUCCAACACAUGCUGAAGUAACACAGCUCUGUGGAACGAUCCAUCCUCAACUUAUUAAGAACUUUCACCGCUGCUGUCUUUCAAUCCGCUCCAUUUUCCAGCAAACUAUGAGAAAAAGUAAAAGGACGGGGAGUUCAGAAUCCAAAAAAGCAAAUCCUGGCACACAUCAAGUGAAAGAACAUGGAGUGUUGUUUGAAUGUUCUCCUGACAAUUGGACUGACCAAAAGAAACCCCCACCAACUAUAAUGUACUGGGUUGUGGGGAGACUCUUCCUAGAUCCAAAGCCCCGGGAGUUUUAUGUCUGUUUUCAUGACUCAGUCACAGAGAUUGCUGUUGAAAUGGCUUUUAAGCUAUCCUUUGGCUUAGCGCUAUAGCUGUAUUUGGCUAUACAGCUAUCAUGAGCAGAGCUGUAAACUUCCCAAGGCAUUUAAGGCACACAAAUAUGAAUUAAAUUAUUAUUUUCUCCUGGGCACUAUUUGAAGUGUUCUGCUAGAACACCCUCAUUGAUGGAAUAACUUUUCAAACAUUUAUAACAACAGUGAUUCCUCUAAGAAGACUGACUUUUCAAACUUGUUUAAAGUGUAUUGUGAGUUGUGAUUAUUUAUACAUAGUGACAAACUUUAUACACAUCAGUUUAUGUAAGGUCAAGCAUAUGUUCAUCUAUAUUUUCCCAGAGCUGUUUCUUUCUUGGAAAAUUCAAAAAUCUCUCAAACUUUCCUCAAGCACCUCCAGAAAAUAAAGAGAACACAGACCCACAUGUGCUCUUCUGAAUUUACGCAAUGGAUAUUGUUUUGUUAAAUAUGUACUAUAUUGUAUACAAUUCACUCUGUGGCAUGUUUAAAAUUCUGGCAAUAAACAUUCACAGAUAGCAAAAACAUUGCAUUUUUUUUACUUGCAGAAUAAAGGAGGGAGGACAACUUUACUUUAAAGGGCUAUAAUAUUUUGUAACACAAAGUGAUGUUAGAUAUAAUAUAAAUUUUUAAAAAUUGUUGUAAAUUACUUGUUACAAAGUAAAAAUAUUUUGUAGAUUCUUUUGCAAGCAAGCAUAAGAAGG